AAAUACUGAAGCAGUCGUGUUGGGAGCCCGCCACUUGGUACAGUUUGACCAACAGCUGUCAGUUCAUCGGCCGCUGGGAGCAGUUAACGUUACCACAGGCACACGGUUGUAUAUGUUGAAUUAAGAGGUCACUGUUUAAGUUUUAGGAAGAGGGGAAAAUAAGCACCCCAGUGAAGACGGUACAAUGACAGCUAUAGAAACGCAAGUGCAAUACCACAGUUCGUAUAUGAUGACUGCUGUUGGGGAAUACAUGAACCAAGAGGACGACUGGGAUCGGGAUUUCUUCCUGGACCCGGCCUGGGAGAAGCAACAGCGGAAGACCUUCACUGCUUGGUGCAACUCUCAUCUCCGUAAGGCAGAGACACAGAUCGAGAACAUUGAAGACGACUUCAGAAAUGGACUCAAACUCAUGUUGCUGCUGGAGGUUAUCUCAGGUGAGAGGCUCCAGAGGCCAGACAAAGGCAAAAUGCGUUUUCACAAAAUUGCCAACGUAAAUAAGGCCCUGGAUUUUAUUAGCAGCAAAGGAGUCAAGCUGGUCUCCAUCGGCGCUGAAGAGAUUGUGGAUGGUAACGUGAAAAUGACCCUUGGUAUGAUCUGGACCAUCAUCCUGCGUUUUGCAAUUCAAGACAUUUCAGUGGAGGAGACCUCUGCUAAGGAGGGCCUGUUGCUGUGGUGUCAGAGGAAGACUGCCCCUUAUAGGAAUGUAAACGUCCAGAACUUCCACAUUAGUUGGAAAGAUGGCCUGGCUCUCUGCGCCCUCAUCCACAGACACAGACCUGACCUCAUCGAUUACUCCAAACUGCGCAAGGAUGACCCCAUGGGCAACCUCAACACUGCUUUUGAGGUGGCAGAGAAAUACCUUGACAUCCCCAAAAUGCUUGAUGCGGAAGACAUUGUCAACACUCCAAAACCUGAUGAGAAGGCCAUCAUGACGUAUGUCUCUUGCUUCUACCAUGCGUUUGCUGGCGCAGAACAGGCUGAGACAGCAGCUAACAGGAUCUGCAAGGUGCUGGCUGUGAACCAGGAGAAUGAGAAGCUGAUGGAAGAAUACGAGAAACUGGCCAGUGAGCUUCUGGAGUGGAUCCAAAGGACCGUUCCCUGGCUGGAGAACCGUGUGGCGGAGCAGACCAUGCACGCCAUGCAGCAGAAGCUGGAAGAUUUUAGGGACUACCGUCGUCUCCAUAAGCCACCCAAGGUUCAGGAGAAGUGCCAGCUGGAGAUCAACUUCAACACUCUACAGACCAAGCUGAGGCUUAGCAACAGGCCUGCUUUCAUGCCUUCUGAAGGCAAAAUGGUUUCGGACAUUGCCAAUGCUUGGAAGGGUCUGGAGCAGGUAGAGAAGGGUUAUGAGGAGUGGCUGCUCACAGAGAUUCGUCGUCUGGAGAGAUUGGAUCACCUGGCUGAGAAAUUUAAGCAGAAGUGUACCUUGCAUGAAUCAUGGACCUCAGGAAAAGUGGAGCUGUUGACUCAGAAGGACUACGAGUCUGCCUCUCUGAUGGAGAUCCGUGCUCUGAUGAGAAAGCACGAGGCCUCUGAGAGCGACCUGGCUGCUCACCAGGACCGAGUGGAACAGAUCGCUGCCAUUGCACAGGAACUCAAUGAACUGGACUAUUAUGACGCUGCCACCAUCAAUGCCCAUUGCCAGGGCAUCUGUGACCAGUGGGACAACCUGGGCACACUGACCCAGAAAAGAAGAGAAUCACUGGAGCGCGUGGAGAAGCUUUGGGAGACAAUUGACCAGUUGUACCUGGAGUUUGCCAAGAGGGCAGCACCUUUCAACAACUGGAUGGAUGGAGCUAUGGAAGAUCUACAGGACAUGUUCAUUGUUCACAGUGUUGAGGAGAUCCAGAUUUUGAUCACAGCUCAUGAGCAGUUCAAAGCUACUCUACCAGAAGCUGAUAAGGAGCGUAUGGCCAUCAUGUGCAUUCAAAGUGAAAUCGUGAAGAUUGCUCAAACAUACGGCAUCAAGGUGCUUGGUGAGAAUCCCUAUACUGUCCUCUCCCCUCAGGAUAUCCUCAACAAAUGGGAAGCUGUGAGGCAACUGGUCCCAAUGCGUGACCAGAUGUUGCAGGGGGAAUUGGCCAGGCAGCAGUCCAACGAGAGGCUGAGGCGCCAGUUUGCCGCUCAGGCCAACAUCAUCGGACCAUGGGUUUCGACCAAGAUGGAGGAAAUCAGUCAUGUGUCGAUUGACAUCGCGGGUUCCCUAGAGGAACAGAUGGUCAAUCUGAAGACAUACGAACAUAACAUUAUCAAUUACAAAUCCAAUAUCGACACACUGGAGGGAGACCACCAGCUCAGCCAGGAGGGGCUUAUCUUUGACAACAAGCAUACCAACUAUACAAUGGAGCAUGUCCGUGUUGGUUGGGAGCAACUUCUCACCACUAUCGCCCGCACUAUUAAUGAAAUUGAGAACCAGAUCUUGACUCGCGAUGCAAAGGGAAUCAGUCAAGAACAGCUGAAUGAAUUCAGAGCCUCCUUCAAUCACUUCGACCGAAAGAGGAAUGGCAUGAUGGAUCCCGAAGACUUCCGUGCUUGCCUGAUCUCUAUGGGUUAUGAUCUGGGUGAAGUUGAAUUUGCACGCAUUAUGACUCUGGUGGACCCCAACAACAUAGGAGUGGUUACCUUCCAGGCCUUUAUCGACUUCAUGACCAGGGAAACAGCUGAGACAGACACUGCUGAGCAGGUCAUGGCCUCUUUCAAGAUCCUGGCCUCUGACAAGGUGUACAUUACAGUAGAGGAGCUGAAGAGGGAACUGCCACCAGAUCAGGCCGAGUACUGUAUCAGCCGUAUGACCAAGUACAUAGGCAGCGAUGCUCCCUCAGAUGCCCUUGACUACAUGUCAUUCUCCAGCGCCCUUUAUGGAGAAAGUGACUUGUAGGGCCUUUUCAGUCCUAUCUACCACCCACAUAAACACCUUUCUCCAAAAUCAUGUCUGUCAUGAAAACCAUAACAUCUAAACCCGUCACAAUUAAUGUCCGGCUUUGCUUCAGUUGUUUGGGCCUUUUUUAGGUGACAUAUACUGAUAAGUGAAUCAGCAUACUCUCUGAUUGGUCUUGUAUGUUGUGGUAAACUGAAACAAGCCAACAGAGACUAAGGAGUUACAGAAAUGUAAUGUUAAUGAGACAUCUGCUCCAUCUUCAAACAGAUGACUUAUGUUUAGGAGAAAGAACAAAUAAAUGAUACUAAAGAAUUA